UCUGAUGAGUGUCUUGUUUCGGAGUUCCAUUCAACUUUGAACAGAGCUCUCGUCUUCUCCUCUCUCUCUCUCUCUCUCUCUCUCCGAUCCACUCUCUCAGCAUUGCCUGCCCAACCCAACAACACUUUCUCUCUCAGCAUUUCUACCGCAGAUCACUCUCUUUCUUUUCUCCUGCUGGAUCCUUCUCUCUCUCUCUCUCUCUCUCUCUAUCUCUCUCUGGUUUGUUCUCUUUCUCUCUCUCUCUCUCUCACUCUCACUCUCUCUCCAUAUACGCACAGCAACAGGAAAAAAACACCACCAGAAAUGCAUCUAGGGUUUUGAAAGAGAAGAGGCUGAAGUUACCUUACAGCCUUACCGUUUUGAGCUUGCUCUAGAUCAAUUUUUGUUCUUUCGGAUGGAUUGCAGCGUGCAGAUCAGGCAAAUAUGAACAAUGUAAUGCUGUGAUAAUAGAGAAGGUGAAGCUGUCAACGAUUUGAAGCUUCUUGCGAAUGACAGAUGCUGUAUGACUAGGGUAAUUUGUUGUAGGCUGUCUACAGCAACAAGAAAUAUGGGCUUACUCUGUAGUAGGCACCAACAAUUCAAUCAAGCUGACACCGAAGAGAAUGCUCAGGCUGCAGAUAUAGAAAGGCGGAUUGAGCAAGAAACAAGGGCAGAGAAGCAUAUUCAUAAACUUCUCCUCCUUGGUGCUGGAGAGUCGGGGAAGUCCACGAUUUUUAAACAGAUAAAACUUCUGUUUCAAACUGGAUUUGACGAGGCAGAGCUGAAGAGCUAUAUCACAGUCAUCCAUGCCAAUGUGUAUCAGACAAUAAAACUAUUAUAUGAUGGCUCCAAGGAGUUCGCUCAAAAUGAAAUUGAUUCCUCGAAAUAUGUUGUAUCUGUUGAAAAUAAGGGAAUUGGAGAGAAACUAUCAGAAAUUGGCGGCGGGUUAGAUUAUCCCCCUCUGACAAAAGAGCUUGCACAAGAGAUAGAAGCUCUAUGGAAAGAUUCUGCCAUUCAGGAAAUCUGCUCUCAUGGUAAUGAACUCCAGGUUCCAGACUGUGCACAUUAUUUCAUGGCAAAUUUGCAAAGAUUGUCGGACGCAAACUAUGUUCCAACGAAGGAGGAUGUUCUUUAUGCCAGAGUUCGAACUACAGGGGUUGUUGAAAUCCAGUUCAGCCCAGUUGGUGAGAACAAAAAAAGUGGUGAAGUAUAUCGACUCUAUGACGUUGGAGGUCAGAGAAAUGAGAGAAGGAAGUGGAUACACCUGUUUGAAGGUGUUACAGCUGUCAUAUUUUGUGCUGCUCUUAGCGAGUAUGAUCAAACCCUAUUUGAGGAUGAAAGCAAGAAUCGGAUGAUGGAGACCAAGGAACUCUUUGAUUGGGUCCUUCAGCAACCAUGUUUUGAGAAAACAUCCUUCAUGCUGUUUCUAAACAAGUUUGAUAUAUUUGAGAAGAAGGUUCUAAACGUACCUUUGAAUGUAUGCGAGUGGUUCAAAGAUUACCAGCCAGUUUCGACAGGGAAACAAGAGAUUGAGCAUGCAUACGAAUUCGUGAAGAAGAAGUUUGAGGAGUUGUAUUUCCAAAGCACUGCCCCUGAUCGUGUGGACCGGGUUUUCAAGAUCUACAGGACGACUGCCCUUGAUCAGAAGCUUGUCAAGAAGACAUUCAAACUUGUUGACGAGACUUUGAGGAGGAGAAACCUCCUUGAAGCUGGUUUAUUAUGAUCAUCGAUGAGCUAUUUCCUCAGCAAAAGGAGUAUCAACAUACGGGAUUCUUUACCAUGAGAUACCACAUCUAGUUCUAUGAUUAUAAGUUUUGUUUUCCCAUUGGUUCAAGUCCGCUUAUCAAAGGAACUACAUUUUUUCACCCCAGAUUUUCUUUUGGGAGCAUUAGUGAUAUUUGAAAGAAGCCUACCGAAAAAAUUAGUUUUAUUGUCUUAUUUGUAGCCUCUGAAAUCAAGGAUUGAAAAACGUACUUCUUGUUUUAUUUAAGAGUGCAUGUAUAUUCCUGCCAGCUUUUAUGGAAGAGUUGUGGAUACGAGACA